AUGGAAGCCUUAGAAGUUAUGCAAAAAACAAACAAAUCAUUUUAUAAAUGGCACGGACUUGAUAGAUUGCCAGAAUUAAUGUUUGCUUUGCAAAGGGAUGCCCAAAAAGGAGAAUUACCAAUAAAAAUAGCAAAAGUAGAGAAGGCAAUGUGUAGUUUCACAACAAAUUUUAAUCUCAAUUUUACUGAAGAAAAGAUAAAAUUGAAAGAGGAGAAGCAUUCAACAGAAGAAUUGCCGGAAGAUGAGGAGGAGGAUUCUGCUUUUGGACCUUUAACAAGUAGAGAUAGAUGUGGAAAGAAUUCUUUGGCUCAGUUAUGUAGAAGAUUUUUGAUGGUGUUGCUUUGUAAUCCAAAUAGAGCUGUUAGUCUAGAUGUUGUUAGCACAAUGUUAAUCAAAGAUUUGGAUUCUGAAGGUUACGAACCUCCUUCACGUUCAAGAUGUCGACGUCUAUACGACAUUGCGAACGUUCUGGCAAUGAUGAGUUUAGUUGAGAAGAAACAUCAUUUGUUUGGAACAAAGAAGAUUCCACUCUUUGUGUAUUGCGGACCUGAACCUGAUGAUGGCACGCAAAAAAAUCCUUCCUCCCAUUUUAUAAAAUUGAAUUUAAAAAAAAAUAUUUCAAUUUUAGCAGAACCUACCAACUCAGCAUUGCGCAUGAGUGAAUUCCUUUCUCGAGCUCGUACAAGAAUAGCUGUUGUUUCAAGUGUUUCUUCUUCUUCAAUUCCUUCUUCCACAUCUCAUCCUUCCAUCACUCAUCCACCAAUUCCUUCUCCAGAUGUUGUUGGAACUUCAAAUUCCCCCAAAUAUUUUAAAGAAGAGUUUAAUGAGGAGAAUAAAAAGAACAAAAAAAUAAUAAAAAAGAUGAAAAUUGAACAAGAAAGCAACAACAACAACAACACUUGUUCAAUCCCAACACUAACAUCUCCUUCAAGUGAAGACAUUGGAAUUAAAAAUUCCGUAAAACGUCGCAAAAUGAAUCGAGUAACUUGUCAACAACAGGAAGAGGAACACAGCGAAAACGAUGAAAAUUUUGUUUUGCCAAAACCGCGUCCUUUACGUCCACAACAAUUAAAUAAUGUUUAUUCUCUUCCUCAACCACAACAACAAAUAUUUUUGUUGCCUUCAAGUUUUCCUUCUUCUUCCUCUCAACAAACAUUUUAUUGUUGGCCAAUACAACAACAACAACCUCACCAAACAUUACAAAAUCAAACCCAUAUAUUUACAACACCAACAGAAUUAUUUUUAAACAAUAAUUCUCCCUCUCCUUUAAAUUACUCAUUAAUACCACUACAACAACAACAGCAAACACAACAACAAACACAAAAACAUUCGCAAAACAUUAACAAAUCUCCACCCAAAAAUCCAAUAAAUGUGCGACAUUCUGUUCAGUCAAUUUUGGGUUAUACUAUUCAAAAUCUGAACGGAAAUAAUUCUGGUCAACAACAACAACAAAUAGCCCCUCUUUCCUCAUCCAUAUCCUCAUCCCCUAGAGCAUUUAGACCUUUACACAACAAAAACAACAAGUAA